AUUGUUCUCCUAUCAUUUUCAUUUCCCACUCUCCCUCUAUCUCUUGCUAUUUCAACCCUCAGAACAGUAGCAUUAGAAAAGUAAAAGGCUCAAAUAAUCCCAGAUAUCUUAUGAAAGCAAUAUAUAAUCCUUUAUUCCCCGUGACAAAUCCCCCCUUCUGAUCCCCACUCUAGGUGACAAGGUUCAUGCACAUAUGCAUAUUUUCAUUAGGUACUUGAAAACAAAAUGAGUUCAGCACCUGCAGCAGGAGGAGGAGGAGGAGGAGGAGGGGGAGGAGGGGCGCCAUCGCCGUCUGCUGUGACUCCGACAGCAGAUGGAGGUGGAUCAGCAGCAGCGCCGCUGAGUAGGUACGAGUCACAGAAGCGGAGAGACUGGAAUACCUUCUUACAGUACCUGAAGAACCACAAGCCUCCGUUGACACUAGGCAGGUGCAGUGGUGCACAUGUGAUUGAGUUUCUCAAGUACCUGGACCAGUUUGGGAAGACUAAGGUGCACGGGGCAGGGUGUCCGUAUUUUGGACACCCGAAUCCUCCUGCCCCUUGCGCCUGCUUGCUCAAGCAGGCGUGGGGUAGCUUAGAUGCCCUCAUAGGCCGCCUCAGGGCGGCCUAUGAGGAGAAUGGAGGCCGCCCUGAAUCCAAUCCAUUUGGAGCCAGGGCGGUUAGGAUAUAUCUGAGGGAAGUUAAAGAAAGUCAGUCCAAGGCCAGAGGCAUGCCUUAUGAGAAGAAAAAGCGGAAACGGGGGGUCACUGUGAGAGCCACGCCAGGUAGCUCCAAUAUACAGGCAGUUGAAGCUGGAAGUGUGGAUGUUAGUGGCAUGAUUACUGCUGCCACACCUUCUACCUCCACACUGUAGUUUGCUUAAUAUUCACAAAACUUUAAUUUGCAUCAUAUCUUAGUUGCUUAAGUAAAACUAUGAAUGGUAAGAUUAUCUUAUUAUGAUUUCA